CCCAGCUGCUGCGAUGAGUCUGAUCGAUUAUCUUGUGCUGCAAGUCGCUCUAGGGGGCUCACAGGGCACCAGCGAGUCGGCUCUUGGCGACUUUGCGAGAGUCUACUAUGAGAAACACACGACAGCUUGGUCAGAGGACUCCUCGAGCAAGGCAGCUGUUGACGAUGCACUCGUCAAGCUGCUUUGGCGACAGCUCUUGGCGUCUGACCGGCUUCGGCUGCUCGAGCACAGCACGAAUGAGCCUGACAAACCCAGACAAGAUCAGCUUGUGGCCACUGAGAACUCGCUAUGGGAAAGUCUGUGCCCGUGCAUCGCUCGCACCGAAGCAGCUGGAGGCAUCAACGAUGAUGCUUUCCACGUGCUCUUGAUCAUUGCUGCCGCACGAGACAAGGGCUGCACGCUGAAGGACAUCAUAGCAUCACAAGGAGACACUUCACAUCGUGCCCUGGGAUUGCUCAAGCAUCACGGCCUCAUACGCGAGACCACAGUGCGCCAUGAUGACGGCGCCAAAGUCAAUGUCUUUUCCCACUUCAGCAUACGCCUCAGCGAAGAGCGUGCGGCACCCGAGCCCCCGCCUGGCCAGCAGAUGGCAUUGAUCGCGGCUCGGACGCGCUAUAAUGCCCUGCCAAAUCACGCUUACGAGCCAAGCACAACCUACGCGGACCGCAUCAAAGCUGACAUCAUCGACUAUCUGUGCAAUUGUACUUCUCACAUCGCCACGAUCAAGGACGUCUUCAUCAACGUGCUCGAAUCGCGAGAGCUCAUCAAGUCCAAGGUCAGGCGACAGCUACUUAAGACUCUGCACGAGUUACGGCACAGUGGUCAGAUCACGAUUCGACGAGACGGCCGCGUGCCCAAUGCAGAGCACAUGGUAUCUUUGACAGAAGCGAGCAGAAGUCAGGUACCUGCUCUUACCUCAACAGCUACAGUGCCUCGUCAGAUCUUGCGCAAAGCGUCGGCAGCGCCGGCAGGUCUGCCAGAUCCUGCAGAACUCUCACGCAGUCUUGCCGGCUUGGACGAAGCUUUCAUCGCGCGACAGAUCAAGGCGUAUGGCUUCGAGCAGGCCUAUCCGGAUUCAUCGCGUGGCUUGCGAUCUGUACAGCUGCGCUCAACACAUGCAGACGGAUACCUCAACGGCCAGCAAGGCUCGCGGUCGCCUACGAUAGGCAUGCUCGUCGACGGCUCGGACGUGUCCGAUAACGGCAGGACGGCCAGAUUUGCUGCACUGCUAGAUGAUCGUUCGAUGCGUGACAGCGCAAGUGCGACGCCUGUGGAUCUGGACGAGCCAGAGAAGCCGAAAAGACGACGGAAGCGCAGAACAGAUGCUUCCCUCGAUGACACACCUCAACCGCCCAGGAAACGCAGAGCCAGAACGGCAGUCUAUGCAGCAGACGAAAUCCCUGUCCGUCUCACCAGGAAGCGUACUGCAGGCUUCUCAGCGCCGUCGCUACGCAUUGCUUCGUACUUUGAUGAUCGCGUAGCCGGACAAGAACUUAGGUUGCCACCUUCGCUUGCCAUAAGCCAGUCAGCUUUCAAUCCUGAAGACGAUGACGAAGAUGAAGAUGAGGACCGACCUUGGACCAUGAGCGAGGAUGAUCUCCUGUGCUGCCUCUACGUCGUCAUCGCUGCGGAGCUACACCGUGGAGACACGAUCGACUGGUCAGGCGUCGAGUAUAUCUUCCAGCGACCGAUCCGGUCUGCGGCUGAAAUAGACAAUCGGUUCAAAGAGCUCCGCCAAGAGCCUGAUCGAAAGCGGUUCAUGUCUAAUCUUCGCAAGGUCUGGUCAGCUUCGCCGUACCGUGAGCAUGCCGCAAUGCUCAAAUAUGACGGGCGCAUCGCUGCACUCGAAUCCUACGUCGAUCUUGCCGAGAUUUGGUGCAUGGACAGAGCAAUCAUGGCAACGGCAAGCGCAGCAGAAAGCAUCUAUGAUCGGCUGGAAAGGCAGGGCAAGCUGACAGUGCCACCAGAGUACCAGAACCGCGCAGAGCAAACAUGGGAUUUCUUCAGCAAAGAAAGCGCAAUGGUGUACAAGCUCAACGAUGCGGCCGCGCGAUGCUCUAGCUUUGGUAGCUUCGGACCGAUCGUAGAACACGCUCAUCCCGAUAUAACGGCGACUGUUAGCCUGGCGACAGCUCAAUUCAAGAUGCUCCUGAGUCAAAACGACAGCGGCGAUAUCGGCAAAGACUACGAAAAGCUCGUGAAGAAGAUCAGCAAUCACAAGCAGGCCAUAGCAGAGCUGCAGACACGAGCCAUCAUUGCGAAGACGCGCAGUAUCGAAGCGCAAUGGAGAGCGCCCAAGCUCACCGAAAAAUACAUGUCUGCAUUCGGCGGACCGAUGUCGACGUUACACUCGGCAGAAGCCCAAGCGCGACUGCAAGGACCGGCAGAAAUCAGCCCUUGGCCCAUCUUGGCAAGUGAUCAUGAUAUGGCCGCUCUGGUCUCGAAGAUCGCAAAUAACGAGGCCUCACUGGAGGUCAAUACGCAAGUGACGAUCGAGACGCGCGAUCAGCACGAUCAGGGUCUGCGCAAGUUUGACGAUGACGAAUACGAGAACGAGGUGAACGUGCGUUUCGUCCAAGGCGACAAUCUAGACACUGCCACGCUGCCAGUCGAGGAGGAGGAGGCGGGCUUUCCCCAUGUACCGGAAGAUCUCUUGCCUAGCGAAGACCACAGCUCGAGCUGCGUCGUCUACACAGGUAAUCAAGUACAGCCCUAUCUGGUGUAUGAUGCUACGCUCGAGCAAGAGCGACUCGAGCUGGCGAAGACGACAGCAGCCUCGCGAAGCGAACAGCUAGCUCAGCUCAAGCUUGAUCUCGUGCGCGCAGGCCCGGAUGGCUUGGCGCUAAGGCUUUGCAAUACAGACGAAGCCACUUUCGCGAAUACCAAACUGCUUCUCUCUACGCAACCGCCGCUUGCCUUUGUCGAAGGAGCCAGAGAACCUCGGCUGGUCUCUUGCAAGUAUCUACGCGAAUGGAGUCUCGCGCUUUCCAAAGACAGAAGUCAUACGUCUGCGCGAUACUUUCCUCGAACCUGGCUCAACGUCGACGGAACGGUCAACCAGAGCAAGCUGAACAAAUGGAAGCUCGUCGUGCGUAGCAGCAUCUUCAAUCUUCCGUUGGCUAGCGAGGCCGCACUGAGGACGAAUCUGCCGAGUAUGACGGGCCAGGAGCUACGGGAUGUGCUUGGCAUGCUCCUUGAGGCAGGUCAAGUGCGAUGCCGCUCCGGAAACAUGUAUUUGUCCGGCCUCGAUCGGCUGUUGCCCGUCCAUUGGGAGAUUGUGUAGACCUUUUUGCUUUGUAUUGUUGUACAACAGAUGUCACUCAGUCUAGCGUUGCUUCGUCGCUUGGGCCAUACGGCUUUGCUUUGAAGAAUUCUUCGUCGAAGUGAUGCACCCGGAUAUAGCCAUCUUCGCCGCCUAUGCUGUACCCUAGACCGUGGGGAUGUAUUGCGAUGGUGUUGCAGGGCCCGAAGCCACCCUUGACGCGAGAGAUUUCUUCUUCGAAGAUACGAUGCCAGAACCUGAUCUCGAAAUGACCCUGCCGCGCGCCGGUCG